CAAUCUCGAGUCCACAAAAUCUCCGUCUCUGAAUUGAAUACACCGAUCUAUGCCCCAAACGGGGGGAAGCUUGAGAGAGUAAGGGAAGGAGUGUAAUCAUGUUCUAUUCACACUGCCUUCUCACGCGAAAAGGCCCUUUAGGCGCCAUCUGGGUAGCUGCUUACUACUUCAAAAAGCUCAAGAAAACUCAAGUCUUUGAGACUGACAUCCCCUCCUCUGUUGACAAGAUUUUGCAAGACCAGUUUGAAGUUCUAACAUAUAGAGUACUGGCAUACCUUCUUCUUGGUAUUGUCAGAAUAUACUCCAGGAAGGUUGAGUAUCUCUACCAUGAUUGCAACGAGGUGCUGGUUCAAAUUAAGGAUUUUGUGGUUCAAAAAAAGGAUAAAGCACAAACUGAGAUCCUUCGCACACCAUAUUUCUCCAUCACUUUACCAAAGAGUUUUGAAUUAGAUGCUUUCGAUCUAGGGAUCCUUGAAGAUGCCAAUGAGCACAAUGUGAGGCCCCAAGAAGAUAUCACACUGAAAGAUGUAGCAUGCAGCAGUCAGGGAUCAGGUCAAUAUUCUCUAGACAAGUACCAUUGUGAGUUUGCAGCCUCCUAUGAUACCUUUCCAAUGGAUUGCAAUCAAACUGAAGAUGAACUCUCAUUUCACUUCAUGGACAUUGAUACAGAAGCGAGAAUGUCAGAAGUCCUAUGUAACCUAGAUGAAAUUGUCAAAAAGAUUCAAUGUGAUAUGUGCUUUCAAGAAGAAAAUUUACAUCAUGAAUCGUUUUUGGGCACUGAGGAAGCAGCACCAGAUCCUGUUCGAUCUUAUGAUAAAGGUUAUGACACUGAUCCAGAACAUGUAGAGGUUCCUGAAGUGGUGCAGUCAGAGAACCUUAUGUGCAGAGAGGCCAACAGGGAGAAACAUGAUGAUAGAUUCUCUCAAGAAGAAUGUGUAAAUCUUCGUAGUGAAAUUGAGUUGGAGCCUCUUGGUGCUACGGCACCAUGCGGGCAAGACCAUACAAAUGAAGAGAAGAUAAAUGAUCCAAACACAGAACAAUUGAAUAAUGAAAUUGACCCAGCAAUGGAGGCAGAAAGUGAUACAAGGAAUUUGGAGUUUGAAGCAAGUAUAGAGAAGCUUCGGGACAACAGAUUGCCUCAAGAGGGCGUUCAGCAACCUUCAGAACUUGUUAGACCAUUUGGUAAUGAGGAUUGCCCUGAUGUUGAACAGAUGAAAUUCCCAGGAGCUUCAACUUCAAAAGACAGAGGGCACAAAGUUAUUGCUGAAGACCAUCCAAUAUCUGUUAAUACUGAUGCAACUCCUAAGUCGAAGUUGCCAGAUGCUUCAGCAGGAUUUACUGCACCAGAUUUUAUGCUUAUUCGAACACCUGCCAAUAAGGAGCGUGCUCAGCGUUCAAGGAAAAGAAGAUGUGUCUUUGAUGAUAUGAUAGUGUUUCCUAAUAAGGUACUUAAGCAGUGGAUAAACAACCCAAGUGACUUGGUCUGUAAACGUAAAAAUGGUGUUCACAAUGCUCGGGCUGCAUGGAAUAAGCCUUUUAUCUCCAAUCUUGUUCAUGGUUUCUCCGAACCUUCAGUUCCAUGUACAUCUGAACUUAGAUCACUCCACCACAGAAGAAAUUUGAAAGUACGAGAAUAUGUUGAAACUAUCAAAACUCCAGAAAGGUUAGAGGUUCCAGCACCUGCCAAACCUCUGGAAACUUUACAGAUUUCAACACCUCCUGUUGGUAGAUCCCCAGAGCAAAGAGAAAUUGCUCCACAAACACCCAUUCAACACUCAACAUCAUUGAGAUCCUAUGGGAGACCUGAGCAUAGCCAUGAUGUAGAGGAGGAGCCCAUAGAUGUAGCUGUAUGUGAAUAUCCUAUUGGAAGAGAACAAAAAGAGCCUUCUGUUAGCAUUGAUGUAUAUUCCCAUGCUAUUGAAUCUGAAGAGAAGGGACCUCCUCCAAGUGUUUGCACCAAAAUUGGUGGAGAGGAGAAAGAGCCUUCUGUGGUGGUAUCUGCACAUUCUAUUGAAACCAAAGAGAAAGAACCUUCUGUGAGCAAAGAUCAAGAGCUUAAUCUCCACUUUAUGAGUGAGGAGGUGUUUUCAUGUGGUGAUGGAGACAUCCAGGAACAAGAUGGAUGGUCAGAGAGGACCAGAUUGGUGGCUAAGUUCUUGCGGAGAACCUUUCUUGAUAAAAAGAAAAGAGGAGAGGAGGAAAAAGUGCAUAUGUUACAGCUUCUACGGGGAAAAACAAAGAAAGAAAGUUCAAGACUCUUCUAUGAGAUACUGGUCUUGAAAACUAAAGGGUUGGUGGAUGUAGAGCAAGACAAUGCUUUUGGUGACAUUCUUGUGUCAAAAACUCCUCAAUGUGACCAAACUUACAGGGCUGAUGGAGGAGAGUGAAGCUCGUGCGAGGAUAUAUUUACUGACUACAAAAUAUGAUUUUAACAGAAGGUGAAUGACAUCCUUUUAGGUUGUAGUCCUGUAAAUUGAGCCUUAUGUAUAUGUUAAUAGAUUAGGCUGACAUGGGAAUAGCGAAGAAGUUGCAAUGGACCCGAAGUUUCUUGUAUAAAGUUGAAGCUCGUAACUAGGUUAAAUUCUAACCUUGGUCCCUCAACUUUAGGAUUUUGCAUAGUUUUCAUUUCUUAAUUUUUUAUAUACUUUUUUAGUCUUUUAAUUAUAAAAAUGUAUUUUUUUA